GACAAAAACUACAAACCGGUGUGACACGUGUGGAAACCGGAAGAGGUGACAAACACAGGAUUGUGGGAAAUGUAGCAAAUCUUUAGCGCAAGCAGCCUGCUGUAAGGGUAGUAGCCGCGCUAGGUGCAUAUCAGCAGGAUAAAAAAAAUCGCGGUACAUUAUUACCGCUAACAUUAUCAAAACCUGAUAAUGACCUCAGCUUCAUGGAGCCUCUCGUUUAUUGCCGCCGUCUGUAUUCUUAUUGCCUGCCCAAGACCCUCUCAUUCCUGGGAUUCAGACAUUGAGCUCUACGAUCUAGUGGAGGAAAUUCAACAAAACUUUUACGAAUUCCUGUCUGUUGAGCAGGAUGCCUCGUCGACGGACAUCAGAAAGGCCUAUCGCAGGCUGUCGCUCACGCUGCAUCCUGACAAGAACAAAGAUGCAAAUGCUGAAACCCAAUUCAGACAGUUGGUGGGCAUCUAUGAAGUACUGAAAGAUGAAGAGAGGAGACAGAGGUACAAUGAUGUCCUGGUCAACGGGCUACCGGACUGGAGGCAGCCAGUGUUUUAUUACAGGCGGGUGAGGAAGAUGAGCAAUGGGGAGCUGGGCUUCCUGCUCUUCCUCAUCCUGACCGUGUGCCACUAUGUAGUCAUCUGGUCCGUCUACCUGGAGAAGCAGCUGGAUGAACUUCUGAGCAAGAAGAAAAAAGAGAAGAAGAAAAAGACGAGUAGCAAGAGUGCUGAAGAAUCGCGUUUUAUCGGACAGGAAAAAAUAGAGAGGUCACAUGACAAACCUCAUUGGCAGGAUAUCCUGCCACUCAAGCUGAGCACUUGGCUUUAUCUCUCUGUCAAGUCCCUCCCCCAUGUCAUACAGGACGCCAAACAGUAUUACAAAGAUUAUAAGGAGAUGAAGAUCCGAGAGAAAGAGGAAGUGGAAGCCAUGGCACUGGCAGAACAGGAUGCUACUACAAUAAAAGAGAAGCGAUCCAAAGUGAAGAAGCCGAAGUUUGAGUUCCCCGUUUAUGAGCCUUCCUUUACGGGCGCAAACUCACUGGCGUACGACCAGGGAACGUCUAUUGAGGAGAUCGAAACCCAGCUGGAUGACUGGCUCGAGGAUAAGAAGUCUCAGAAGAAGAAGGCUCCGGAGUGGUCAGAAGAGGACAUCACUCUUCUGACAAGGAGUAUGGCCAAGUUCCCUGGGGGAACACCUGGACGCUGGGAGAAAAUCGCCCACGAACUAGGAAGAUCGGUGACUGAUGUUACUGCAAAAGUCAAACAAGUCAAAGAUGGUCAAACCAACACAUCAGGGCUGGUGAAACUCUCUGAGCUCAAGGCCCAGGGCAGCAGCGCUUUCCCAGGAAAGGGCUCCAUAGCUGGGGCCGGAGCCGUACCUGACAGCUUAAUGACCCAGCGUGAAGACCCCAAGCCCCCGGCAGCAGCCAUGACAGAGGGGACAGAAUACAGGGGCGGAGGGGACGAAGAAGAGGGCAUCCAAUCCGGUGGUGUCAGGAGGAGAGGUAAAAAGACUGGGGGUGGAAGGGUGGGGGUUGAGGCUAAGGGACACAGACAGAGGGACUUUGACUACACAGCUGCAGCCGAGAAGGACAGCGGAGAGGAGCAGAGUCCGCCCCCCUCUUCAGUCCCACAACCGUCCAAGGAGAAGGCCACUGCGGAGACUGACGACGUCUGGACCCAGAACCAGCAGAAGCUUCUGGAGCUGGCCCUACAGCAGUACCCACGAGGCACCACGGAACGCUGGGACUGGAUCGCCAAGGUGGUCCCGGGGAAGAGAAAGGAGGAGUGUAUGAUUCGUUACAAACUUUUGGCUGAGCUGGUGCUGAAAAGGAAGCAGGCCAAGAGCUGACUCCCCCCAAAGACCGUUAUCUUGAAAUCAGUUUUCUUUUGGAUCCCCCACAAUGCAACAUUGCAGGGUGUGUCAAAACGUUUGGCAGACCCUAGUUUAAGUCGUAUGUACACAGUUUAUUGCCUAAUCUAGCCCCUUUUCCUGGCUACCCUUUCAAUGUGAUCUAAAAGGAUGGAAGGAAAUAUAAUGAAUAAUACACAUACCAUAUGGUUGCUUCAACCUGUCUGGUUAUUUUAUCUCUUAAAAGGACAGAGGACCUGGGAGAAGGGACUAGGGCCCAUCGUCUCAUGUCUGUCAUGUGCCUUAGCUCUCUGCCCAAAGCAUGCCAUCCAGCCUCCUCUCUACGGACUGCCAUGUGAGGAGUGUUCAGCACAACAACAACUUUUUUUGCUGUGUCAUUUUAAAUCGCACAUGUACUGAAUAUAACCUGUUGGAGAAGGAAAUAAAUGGUUUUAUUUAUUUACAUGGA